CCGUCAUAAUGAAAUCCCACUAAUUUUGACAUUUCGGUUUGACAUUUUUUUGUGGAGAACACAAGUUUUGCAGAGUUUUUACAUAAUAUUCUCCUCGCCAAUUUCGGGUUUGCAAACAUGUCGCUGACACAAAUCGCCCGUAACUGUGCUCGUUUGGCCGUCCGAGCCAAUGGAAUCCGUGUAAUCACUGCCCAACCACAGAUGCUUUUGCACAGAUUGGCCAUGCCAGCCAUGUGCAAUGGAAUUACACAAAGCAUUUUGAAGACCCGAUCUGGUAAUGCACAGGAAAGCAAAAGCUGGCAAUGGCAAACAGCACGCAAAUAUUCAGCAAAACCUCCACUAUCCCUGAAAUUAAUUAAUGAACGAGUACUGCUCGUUUUGAAAUUGUACGACAAAAUUGAUCCCAGCAAGCUUCGUGUAGAGUCUCAUUUCAUUAAUGAUCUGGGUCUAGACUCUUUAGAUCAUGUAGAAGUAAUCAUGGCCAUGGAAGAUGAAUUCGGCUUUGAAAUUCCAGAUUCAGAUGCAGAGAAGUUAUUGAGGCCAGCUGAUAUUAUCAAGUAUGUUGCCGAUAAGGAGGAUGUUUAUGAAUAAAUGUGUUUAUUGUAAAACAUACGUUUAAAAAAUCAGAAUAUAAACAUAAUUUAAAAUAGAAGGCAAAUGUAAUUUGAAACCUUUUGCAAAAAGCUUAACCGAAAAAUACAGCAUGUAAAAUUUACUUCUAAAUGUUAAACUAUAAA